CAAUGCCAUCGGGUUGACACGUGUGCGUGUAAGUAACCGGGUGAUUUAACGCGGCCGCCUAGCCGGUAUUACACGCCACUGUUGCCGGUCUUAAAAGAACCGGAGGAAAGGGAAAGCCCGCCCGGAGAUUGUCCGCGAACUUUAACGCUCUCAGUCCACGUAAAGCGAGCGCGCGUCUGCUCAUGUCGCGCGCGGAUCGGCCAAGUCAGCUGUGAUUUUGCACUGCCACGCUACGCGAAAUAAAAUAAAGAAAAGAAAAGAAAAGAAAAAAAAACAAAAAAAAACAACCAAGUGCGUGCAUGCGGGCGUGCGUACGUAUGCCAAGGAAUUGGCUGCGGCACGCGGCGCUUGUUCCAUGUCCAGUUGUCAUAUUUGACGCGUAAACGACGAUGCGUCGCGACGCGAGAGGAUAAAGCGCUUUAUCUCGACGAAUCCUGAUGACGCGAUGCAGCCUGCUGCGAGUGUCCUGAAGCCGUUGUGAUAGCGGAAGGCCGCGCAUCACACAGCCUAAACAACCUAACGACCAUGGUCGGGAAGUGUUUUAUUUUCUCAAAACCGGAAAACUCGCGAGUGCCUUGCUUCCACUCGUAUUCUCAUACGUUCGAGCUCUUGACCGGUGGAGGAUCAUAAUGCUAGAGCCGGUUCUGGGAACGUUGUCGAUCUGGUGGUUGGUGGUGUACGCCAACAUUCUACUGCUGAUGUCGCCCUUGGUGCUGCUGAUGAUCGUCUUCCUCCCGAAUUUCCCGAUUCUGCUGCUGCGGAGAAUCUGUUACAUACCCAUCGAGUCGAUCUGACCGAGACAUCGAUCGACAUAUCACAUUUACAAUACGAUUAUAUACUUUUUGUAUUAUCGCGUACAGUAAUACUGUCGAGAAUAUAAUCAAACUGAGUAAUAUAGAUAGUAAUAUGUAAGAGCGGUUUAGACUUAAGUCGUUUAUAUAGCGUCGGUUUUAAGCAUAGCGCGGAGAAUGUAUACGUGAUUAUUAUGGCUAAGAAUAUUUAUGACGCAUGUUACGGUUUUGCUGAUAUGGAUCAAGUUUCUUUGCUUAUGAUCGCGCUUUCCACGUCGUAAUCAGAUGUAAAAGUGCGUUGUUAUUAUGUAUAGUGUAAUGCGUUCGUUAAGCUAAGUGUCACCAGCUAUGCGCUGGACCAGUGAGGACCUCUUACUUCCACGUAUGUACGCUGAGCCUCAAAUGUAUCGAUUUACCGAACUAUAAUACGAUGUCGCUGAAUUCGAAUGAGAGACUUUUUUUUUCUGCCCCACCUGCCGAAUACGCGCGCGUGGAAUUCUGAAUUCUCUUAUUGCGCGAUUUACGCAAAAAUUCUUUCGCAAUCGCCGGCGUUUUGUCUCCCAUUCGCCUUUCGCAUGCGCAAAUACGUAACGGAAUAUAUUCAUUAUAUAUAAACGAGAGAAAUUACAAUUUCGGAGUUUUAUUCGAGAAUACGCACACGUAUAUAUACACGUUAAUAUUUGAUAGAAAGUGUUAGACAUAAAUAAAUUUUAUCCGAGCGUAAACAGUAUUAUAUAAAGUUACAAUACAAUAAAAAUUCGUAUUUAUUUGUAUUUAUUUCGUAUUCUCUUUCUCCUGGCACAACAUGUUAUGUCAGGAGAGAGAAAAUUGCGUAAUAAUAUUUUACAUUUUUAAACAUUAAUUAGACUUAUAUAUCUUGCGUUAUGUGUGCGUAUAUUUUAUCUUGCAUCAAAGAUAAGCGCAUAGCAACUAAAUAUCCGUAGUUGGAAAGUGAAUUUAAAAAAUAAAAUACCAAGGCAAACCACUCUGUUUUCCUGGCAAGAUUGAUGCAUUUUAUUAUCGGAUUAUUUAUGGAUUUAUAAGUGACAGAAUGCGCAAAUGUCAGCUGUAAAGACUGAUGAUUAAUAUAUGUCACCUUGUUCUCUGGUCGUCGAACGUUUCGUCGCUAGGAUAACAGCUCAGAUUGAUGUGUCAGAAAUGAUUGACAAAUAUCCAUAUGUAGGAUAAAAUAAAAGGAUUUUAUUUUUUUACUUGUAUACGCUCAAAAUUUGAUCGAUAGUGAUUGAUUGAUAAAUUCCAUAUUAUUUGACAUUACGUGAAUAUCGUAUCUACAUAUGUAUCGUAUAAUACCGUUAUAAUCGCGACAUCUGUCAGAUUACAACUUUUAAAAUUUUAUUCGUAAUGUAUAUGAAGACAAUUAGGCUCUACUCUUGCUAUAAUUUUUAGCGUAGCGAUACAUUCGAGAUCAAAAGUGUUAACGACACACAUACUAUAAUUACGGCUUAUUGACAGUAUUAUAUAAGAAUAGUAUGCCUAUUCUUCAAGUAUCGAAUCAUCUGCGCGUGCCUACAUAAUUUUAAAGGCGACGCGCAAUUUUCCUGGACGUACUUUAUCUUUCUAAAGAAAUCAUUCGCGAUGGUUCAAUGCACUCGAUGAACUGUUGAAGGAGAUGCGUUGCAAACCGCUGUCCUUCUACAGUUCUACCGGUAUAAUAUAGGCUGGUCUCCCAAGUUGGACAUUAUAGUACGGAUCGGAGAGUACUUUCGCCGAGAAUCGUUCGUAGUGGGGGAGCCGGGACUUGAACCCUGGAACCCCAUGGGCCAUAUAUACUACAUGCUCAUGCAGUGCUCUUGCUACUUGUGGUGUCAGCUUCUCGGAGAUCCCCACAAGGAAACGCGCAGGAGAGAAGCUGAUAACAACGCGACGCAACGAUGAAGCUGCUGAUCACGUGCGCGCUCAUGACCAUCGCGGUCGCCGCCCCGGGUCUCCUCAAGGUGCCGAAAGUGUACAACGCCGUGAUCACGAGCAAUCAGAAUUUGUCGCCGUCACGUGCAUUCCCGGUGAUACAACCGAUCAUCCAUCGAACCGCCGUCGGUUACGUGCCGCCGUUCUAUUAUACCGAAAUAGCGUCUCAUUUCGCCGGACCGGAAGUGGUGCGUUAUCCGGCGCUCGGUAUCGCCGGGAACGACCAGGCCUCGUCCUCGACGUCGCGUCUGGCCGAGUCGACCAGUUUUGGCGUGGGAAAGGAACGCGACGAAGAUCGCAAGACCGAGAGCGACGAGUCGAAGAACAGCGAUCCGCCGAAGAACUCCCCGAAGAAGGAUGAGCAAGUGCCAUUGAGCUUCUACCCAAACUAUCAGUCCUUUUAUUACGAGCCGUACAUCUAUACGUACAACGGCUUUAAUCCGCACCUUGUGCCCGGCACUUAUUACGUCGAUUAUCAGCCUUACGGAUCCCUGGAACCGAUCCCGGCCACUACGCCGGGGAACAUCGAUUCCGAUCAUCUGUUGCCGAGCUUCCACGACGAGAAGAGGGAUCGGACGAGGAACGGUAAAGAGAAAAUACCGAAUGUACCGCCUCCGCCUCUUCCGACAUCCGUGCCGAAGAAAUCUUGAGCCGUAAAGUUGAGAGUAUUCCUGAAUCGUGAUAAGACGGAGGGAGAAAUUUUGCGAAAUUUACGAACGUUACGUAAACGCGAUUAGCUAUGUCAAUAUUUAAACGAUCAUCGUUUUUCUUCCCUUUUUUAUCUUUUUUUUUUUUUUAAGUUAAAGAGGUCUUUGUUGUUACGUAUUAAAGAAUAAUUAAUAUGUGGGAUGUCGCAUUGAAAUAGUUGUGCAAUCAAUUGAUAUUUAAUAUAUUAGUCACGCUAUUGUAUUGAACUUUGACUAAUUAAUCUUGAAUUUUUUUCACAUGACGCACGUUGUCCGACAGAGUUGGAGAGUUUUAUCUGUGUUAAUGUUAUCGUCUAUACCUUAUGUUAAUGUUGAAUUAAUAAUAGAAUAAUUAGAGAUUAUUUUUAUAAUAUAUUUACAUAAUUAUCUUUUUUUUAUAUAUAGAGAGAUAAAGAAUGAGAGAGAGAGAGAGAGAGAGAGAGAGAAAAUUUGAAUUUUUUGUGAU